AUGAGUGGAUCGGGCAUCCGAGUGGACGUUAACACCACGACCACAAUACCGUUCGGAGUCCCACUACCAUCGUACGGUCCUCCGGACAUCUUCGAAAAGCUCAAGACACGCAAGACCGCCAUGGGAGCCACCUUGGUCAACAUCAUACAGUCCGGCGUGGAGCAUUUCGACAGCGAAGUCGGCAUGUGCGCCCCGGAUGCCGAGUCGUACACGCUACUCGCCUGCCUGUUCAACCCGGUGAUCGAGGACUACCACGGCGGCUUCAAGGCGACCGACAAGCCCCCGCUCACGGACUUCGAAGACCUCAGCAGCUUGGUGAACGUGGACCCCGACGACCAGUUCGCCAUUUCCACCGGGGUGCGCUGCGGACGCUCGUUGCAGGGCUACCCUUUCAACCCGUGCCUGACGGGGGCCCAAUACCGCGAGAUGGAGGAGAAAGUGAGCUCGACUCUGCGCAUGCUGGAGGGCGAGCCGAAGGCCACCUACAACCCACUGACCGGCAUAGACAAAAAGACGCAGCAGCAGCUGAUCGAGGACCACUUCCUCUUCAAUGAGGGCGACCGCUUCCUGCAGGCGGCCAUCGCUGAUAUCAAAACCAAGCGCUCCCCUUCCCCGAAGGGGGAAGGAAUGUUUGGGGAACGGAAAAAGACGAGAAUAAAGAGGGCAGACAACCGGGCCUACAACCUAAGUAGCGGUCCGCGAACGCUCACUUCGCCCGACAUCCUCUACAAGAACUUCGGCCACGAAAAUCACAGUGUCGAGAAGACGUAA